UACAUGCACAUCGAACUUGCUUGAUCUCCUUUUUAUCCAGCAUCAAAAUUAAACACACUCUCCAAUACGUUGGUUCUUAGCGGUAUCUUUGAAGAACUACCAUCUUCAAUCAUCAUGUCUUCACCGCAUCACAACUCCGUCCUUGUGAUCGGCGGAUGUGGUAGUCUUGGUCAUCACAUCGUCAACAGUCGCUUGAAGACCCUGAGUUUCCAGAUAUUGCUGUCUUUGAUAUCAACACUCAGAGCAAUCGAGUUGAUGGUGUCAAGUACAUCGACGGUAGCCUCACAUCACGCGAACAUAUUCUACAAACACUUCAAGAAACCAAACCUCGCGUUAUUAUUCACACAGCCUCACCAAAGUUAAUGAUUCAAGCCAACACACGCCAGCUUUUCACCGAUGUCAACAUCAACGGUACGGCUAUACUUCUCUCGUGUAUCAAAGAAGUCGGAGCCACGGCCGCUAUCGUCUACACAUCCAGUUCCUCCGUAAUCUACAACAACAUGACCAAUCUAGUCAGAGCCACAGAAGAUCAUUCUUUAUGCUUUGAACCGAGCAAACUAAGUAUUACACGCACACCAAAGCUGUAGCUGAGCAACUGAUCCUCAGCGCAAACAAGAAAGGCGAGCUCUAUACUGCAGUUACUCGCGCUGCUUUGCUCUUUGGCGAGGGCGAUACAACAUCUACACCUAAGAUGGUCGAGAAUGCUAGAGCUGGACGUGCAAAAUUUCAGGUCGGAGACGGCACCAAUCUUUACGAUUUUACAUACAUCGGAAAUACAGCUUAUGCGCAUCUGCUAGCAGCAAAGGCUCUUAUUCCAGAGUUCAACGCUACCGAGCCUGUGCCGAAUGAUAAGAAGAUCAAUGGCGAAGCUUUUGUCACUACGAACGACGACUCAUGGCCAUUUUGGGAAUUUACGAGAGCUGUUAGUGCCGCAGCCGGUCAUCCAGUCAACAAAGAAAAAUUAUGGGUUGUUCCAGCAUCUGUCUACUAUGCAUUUGCCGUUAUUGUAGAAUGGACAAUUUGGUUGUUCAGUUUCGGUCGCAAGGAGCCAAUGAUUAAUCGUCGCAUGGUCAAGUAUCUUACACUGACUCGGACCUUUGAUAUUUCCAAAGCAAAGCAGAGAUUAGGAUACAGACCCCUAGUCUCUAUGCAAGAAGGAAUUCAAAGAGCCGUGGACUAUUAUGUUGCACAUCAUCCGGAGGAGAAGAAAAAAGUCUAAUGGAAGGUUUUGGAGUAGACACUGCAAUACUAGCCUGCAUGAUUAAACACAAUACUGGUCACAUAUUUGUUUUUACUGUCCAUGAAUCGCAUAUUCACCGCGUGUAGCUUGCCUCUAAACUUUCCUAGAUGAGACAGGCUGUGUGUUAGAAAGAAAAAGCAAUAUACACUUGUCAUAUUGAACCAUCAAGUGGCAAGACUCAUUGAUAAUCGAGGUAGUACAAUGUUGACUGCGCCGCAUUGCGCCGCAAGAUAUACCAAAUCAUAUCUUCUUCCUUAAUCAUAUAUGUAGUCACUAGCUUGUUUGUGCCGUAGUCUAGUAUGCAG